ACACUUAGUUUUGACUGGAAAAUUUGUUUGCAUCAACUUGUGUACUUAAAGUGCGUUUAAUUAAAUAAAACCUGCUUAAAAGCAGCUCAUAUAUUUACUGACGCGGUGUGGUGUGAAUCGCCUUAAUCACCAAGAUGAGUUACAUGCCAGCCCAAAACCGUACAAUGUCCCACAACAAUCAGUAUAAUCCGCCGGAUUUGCCACCGAUGGUGUCGGCCAAGGAGCAGACGCUGAUGUGGCAGCAGAACUCGUACUUGGGCGACUCUGGUAUUCACUCGGGCGCCGUUACUCAGGUGCCGUCGCUGUCUGGCAAGGAGGACGAGGAAAUGGAGGGCGAUCCUCUGAUGUUCGACCUGGACACCGGAUUCCCACAGAACUUCACACAGGAUCAGGUGGACGAUAUGAAUCAACAGCUGAGCCAGACACGCUCGCAACGCGUUCGCGCCGCUAUGUUCCCAGAGACGCUCGAGGAGGGCAUCGAAAUACCAUCCACACAGUUCGACCCACAACAGCCAACCGCCGUGCAGCGGCUGUCGGAGCCUUCGCAAAUGUUGAAGCACGCCGUGGUCAACCUGAUCAACUACCAGGAUGACGCCGAGCUGGCCACGCGUGCUAUACCGGAGCUGAUCAAGCUGUUGAACGACGAGGACCAGGUGGUCGUCUCGCAAGCAGCCAUGAUGGUUCACCAGCUAUCGAAGAAGGAGGCCUCCCGUCACGCCAUCAUGAACAGUCCCCAAAUGGUGGCCGCUCUCGUGCGCGCCAUCUCCAACAGCAAUGACCUGGAGAGCACCAAGGCCGCCGUCGGCACGCUCCACAACUUGUCGCACCAUCGCCAGGGUCUCCUAGCCAUCUUCAAGAGCGGCGGCAUACCGGCUUUAGUCAAGCUGCUCUCCUCACCCGUCGAGAGCGUGCUCUUCUACGCGAUCACGACGCUUCACAAUCUGCUGCUGCACCAGGACGGCUCUAAGAUGGCCGUUCGCCUAGCCGGCGGCCUCCAGAAGAUGGUCACGCUGCUCCAGCGCAACAAUGUCAAGUUCUUGGCCAUCGUCACCGACUGCCUGCAGAUACUGGCAUAUGGCAACCAGGAGAGCAAAUUGAUCAUCCUCGCCUCAGGCGGGCCCAACGAGCUGGUGCGCAUCAUGCGCUCCUACGACUACGAGAAGCUCUUGUGGACAACUUCACGCGUCCUCAAGGUGCUCUCGGUAUGCUCGAGCAACAAGCCGGCCAUCGUGGACGCCGGCGGCAUGCAGGCCCUGGCCAUGCAUCUGGGCAACAUGUCACCUCGCCUCGUCCAGAACUGCCUCUGGACGCUGCGCAACCUCUCAGAUGCCGCCACCAAGGUGGAGGGACUAGAGGCGCUAUUGCAGUCGCUCGUACAGGUCCUUGGCUCCACUGACGUCAACGUGGUCACCUGUGCUGCCGGCAUCCUCUCCAAUCUGACGUGCAACAACCAGCGGAACAAGGCAACCGUUUGCCAAGUGGGCGGCGUCGACGCCCUCGUUCGCACCAUCAUCAACGCCGGUGAUCGCGAAGAAAUUACCGAGCCAGCGGUCUGCGCUCUGCGCCACCUCACCUCGCGCCACGUCGACUCCGAGCUGGCCCAGAAUGCGGUUCGCCUCAACUACGGCCUCUCCGUAAUUGUCAAGCUCUUGCAUCCACCAUCCCGCUGGCCCCUCAUCAAGGCCGUCAUCGGCCUCAUUCGCAAUCUGGCCCUCUGUCCGGCCAACCAUGCGCCUUUGCGCGAGCACGGCGCCAUCCACCACCUAGUGCGCCUGCUCAUGCGUGCCUUCCAGGAUACAGAGCGCCAACGAUCCUCGAUCGCCACCACUGGGUCGCAGCAGCCCUCGGCCUACGCCGACGGCGUACGCAUGGAGGAGAUAGUCGAAGGCACAGUUGGCGCCUUGCAUAUCCUGGCACGGGAGUCUCACAAUCGCGCUCUCAUACGCCAGCAAUCGGUCAUUCCGAUCUUCGUGCGCUUGCUUUUCAACGAGAUUGAAAACAUUCAGCGUGUCGCAGCCGGCGUGCUCUGUGAGCUGGCCGCCGAUAAAGAGGGGGCUGAGAUAAUCGAGCAGGAGGGCGCCACUGGGCCGCUUACAGAUUUGCUUCACUCGCGCAACGAGGGCGUGGCCACCUAUGCAGCAGCUGUACUCUUCCGCAUGAGCGAGGACAAGCCGCAGGACUACAAGAAGCGUCUCUCCAUCGAGCUGACCAACUCGCUCCUCCGCGAAGAGAACAACAUUUGGGCCAACGCCGACCUGGGCAUGGGUCCCGACUUGCAGGAUAUGCUUGGACCCGAAGAAGCAUAUGAGGGCCUCUACGGACAAGGUCCGCCCAGUGUGCACAGUGCGCACGGAGGUCGCGCAUUCCAUCAGCAAGGAUAUGAUACUCUACCAAUAGAUUCGAUGCAAGGUCUCGAGAUCAGCAGUCCAGUAGGUGGUGGUGCUGGCAAUGCAGCGGGCGGUGCUGCUGGUGGUGGUGGCGGUGUUGGUGCUCCCCCAUCUGGCGGAGCACCCACAUCGCCCUACUCCAUGGACAUGGAUGUUGGCGAGAUUGAUGCGGGCGCUUUGAACUUUGAUUUGGAUGCCAUGCCGACGCCACCCAACGACAACAAUAACCUGGCUGCCUGGUACGAUACCGACUGUUAAGCACACACACUGACAGACCGACAAACAAGACAGACAAUUGUCUCUCAGCACUUUAAAGUGCUGCUACUUACAUAUGUAUUUGUAUUUGUAUGUUCAAAUAAUGGAAACUUAAAUAAAUGUUCGCAAUAGUAACAUAACUACACUAUAAUAUAA